AUGAAGACUACAGUUACUCUGAACAACGGUUAUGAAAUGCCUAUUCUUGGCUUAGGAACCUUUUUAUCCCCAUUUGAUGAAGCGGAGGCUGCCGUCGAAACUGCUAUUAAAACCGGAUAUCGUCUCAUUGAUACUGCUACUGCCUACAAGAACGAAAGAGCUGUUGGCAACGCUAUCCAGAAGUGUAUCAAGGAAGGAAUUAUCAAGAGAGAAGAUAUCUUCAUUACCACAAAACUGUGGGUGACUGAUUGGAAAACGGAGAAUGUGAGAAAGUCGAUCGCUCAAAGUUUGAUUGAUCUUCAAACUGAUUACAUUGAUCUUCUGCUGAUUCAUCAGGCAGGUUUCUUGAAUCUCCCAGAAGAUCAGGAAAAGCAUCGUCAGGAGAAUUAUUUCUUUGACUACCCUAUUGUUCCUCCGAAUGACCCCAAGUAUCGUCUGGGAUAUAACGAAGACUGCGUGAAGGAGGCUUGGUCCGCAAUGGAAGAGGCGGUUCGUGAAGGAAAGGUCCGUUCCAUUGGAGUUUCGAACUUCUCUACCAAGAAAGUGCUUGAUUUGCUGCGCUUCUGCCAAAUAAAGCCUGUGAUGAAUCAGGUGGAGCUGCAUCCCUACCUUCAGCAGUGGGAAACGAUGAAGACGCUGGGCGAGAAUGGAAUCCUCCUCACGGCCUAUUUCCCUCUUGGUGGCGCAAUGAAUAUGGCAAACACGACGGAGGUUCCUUUGAUUAAGGAUCCUCGCAUUGUGAAAAUAGCAGAGAAGCACGGUAAGAGCGCAGCCCAGGUGUUGAUUCGAUGGGCUAUUCAGCGCGGUACUGUUUGCAUUCCGAAGUCUGUGCACGAUUACAGAAUCAAGGAGAACUUUGAUGUGUUCGAUUUUGAAUUGUCCGAAGAAGAAAUGAACGAGAUCAAGGCAAUGGAUCGAGGACAUCGUUUCGCUAACCCGGUUCCUCUUCUCUACGCCGGCGAACAAGACGAAAAGAAGCACUGGGAUAAUGAAUAUGUUGAAUACCAUUGUUUGUUCAAUUGA